AUGGAAGCGGCGUUGAACGGCCUCGCCAACACGGUCAAGCACCAGCCCGCUAAGGAUGCCAUUGCACAGGCCAAAGAAGCAGUGAAUAGCCUCUCAUCUUCGGACGAGUCUGUUUCGAUUCCAUAUGUCAGAGAGAAAUGUCUUGCAGCGUUUGAGUUAGUUUUUGACAAAGGAAAUGACAAAGCUGCUCAUUAUGCCGUUGAAGGAGUUCAGGCUCUUUUGCGUGACCGUCGUUUCCAUUCCACAUCAAUAGAGAAUGCAAACCAUAAUUUACCGACCCAGGUUCUAAGUGCUUUGACUGGAGUCGCACAAUGGAACAGUCAAUUACAAUGCAACUGCUUGACGAUGCUAGUGGAGAUGGUAUGUUCUGUGGAACUCCGAGUGUCCUUACAGGAGGUGGAAGAGUGCUUGGAGCUCUGCAUGAGGGUUUAUGGAUCUACACGUGAAGAAGCAGUACGAGUUUCUGCACGCGCAGCCGUUUCCCAAUCGAUAACUACCUAUUGUUCCAAUCGAUAUGCAGCAGGGGAAGAGUCGCAGAAUUUCCUUUCGGUAUACCUGGAUGUAACGAAGCUGCUCGAGAGCUACAUUGCUAAACUGGACCAAUUGACCGUAUCCUCAGACCAGAGCGUUGUUCUUUUCGACGCAAUGAAUGCCCUUCUGGCUGCACAACCUUUGAGUGUCCAGAAGCACACACCACUGGUCAACCUUCUCUGGGAGAAACUUUGCCCUCUGAUGAUUCGCUUGUUGGGUGUUCCCAACAAGAACGUGCCCGACAACCCGUCUAUCAGUACAGAAGAGCCUCUAGGUCAAGGACAAAUGGCAAAGUUCACCCUCAGUCCGGCUGUGGUGGCUAAUCCUGAGGCGACUCGCGUUCUCUACCAGAUUCUGGAGCAGUUGAUCCGGAUAAUGGCUGGCAUACCAUCAGUGAACUCAGUGCUUGAAGCUCUUUUUCAUAAGGCGUUUCUAUUUCCAAAAAUCGAGCAGCGAGCUGAAGCUGUCAGGAUCAUCAAAAAGAUUCUGUCAGAUCACUAUCGUCUGAACGACAUCAUCUCGUCGUGUGUCCGAUCUCGUUCGCUCUCACUCUGGCGGAUGCUUAUCGUUUGCGUGGCUGAAUGCGCUCAACCUCAGUUUGAAAUCGCAAUCGAAGCUGUUAGAGCUUGUGGAUCCAUGUUGCAAGGGAUUCUAACCUACUGCGAAACACCAAAUCUUCUCGAUGAAGAGACAAGGUGCAAGCUGAGGGAAAUGUUCCCCUCGUUGGCUGAUGUGAAUCCACCGAGUUUUACUUCCCGUUCUGAUGUCGGGCACUGCAGCCCGCUUCCACAGAGUGGCACUCCACAAAAGCAAAGUGAAGUGGCAACGGCAGACGAUGAAACCGACGAAAUAAAUGAAACCUUGAAAAAACUGUCGAAAAAGUUCGGUCUACAACGAUCACUCGAUGACGAGGUGGCUCCGAUGCCAAUCGUGCGGCGGCGAACGACAGAGUAUGACGAGACGACAGAAAAAAUCACCGCACAGAAAUUCGUUGACGCUCUAGUGGAUAACAUCGCUGGCUGGAACAAGUUCAAAUCGACGCUCGAACUGGACGAGGCUAUUCUGAACUUCUCUUCGGGAUUCUAUAAUGAGUUCUCCGCAGUCCACAACGAAGCGUUCAAAUCAAAGUCCAAAAUUCAGCAGGAGUUCCUGAACACAGAUGCCAUUUAUAUCACCGCCUACUCUACCCUUUGCCUCGCAUAUCGCGGAGAGGAUACCUUGCCCUGGGAGAGCUAUCGUGAUGUUGUGCUCAAAUCCGGCUGUAUAGUGUAUGUAAGUGAAAGCUGGCUGAGAAAGGUUUACGAUCACGCUCUCAAUGCUCCUUUCGGCGAAAUAACUGGAGCCCUAGUUGACGUCAUCCAAGGUGAGUCGAAAUUCUUUUCUGAAACACCGAAUAUUCUCCAAGUCUGGGUAGAUUUUGAUGGUGUCAACCGUCGAGUGCUCACCGACGUCGAUCGCCUUCAGAAGAUUUCUCAAGGAAGACAACCAACCAAGCCAGUUGAGGAUCGCCGUAAAGCCCGCCAGAAGGUUCAAGAUGGCAUCGAGCAUUCCAUCAAGGGCAUGCAACUGUUGGCAGCUGUGGCUCUCGAACUUGAAAUGGCUGAGCGCUGUGGCUGGAUUUUCGAGAACUUGGUGGAGUCAUCCUGUGACGUCGAUGAGCUCCGAACUCUGGCAGGCUCCGAAGAACAGAAGAGAGUCCGAGUUCUGACUCGAGAAGACCUGCUCAGUAUGCAGUUGGUGUUGGAUCAGGCGUUCGUUUCAAUUCAUGCUCCGGAAUGUUGGAAACACGUAAUACGAUGCAGCGAGUACGUGUGGGAGCUUGAGAAGUUCAUCUAUGGAGCGCUGUGCUAUGAAAAACCAUCACGGUUCACUUUUGGCAAAAAGAAAGCCUCGACUCAACCACAGAGAACUGAGGAAGAGGGGAUUGGUGCCGCUGAUCGUUCUGUCGACAGCGCCAUUGGUAACGGUGAGCUGGACAAGGACAGUCUGAGCAGGGCCCUCUGUAUACUUAUCGCUAAAGUAGACAGGUUUUACUCAAAGGUCGGGCAUGAGCUCAAUCUCCGAUCUCUUUGCGACCUCUGUGUGGCUGUAACGAGCGCUAGCGAAAAUCGGAUUUUCUAUUCAGAAAAGAAGGCACCUUCUCUGACGCCUACCACGAAUCUCCUGACAAGGGUUUCUGAGAUCUUAGCACCUCUCGGAAAUCGGUCAUUAGUGCAUCAAAUGCUGAUUUGGCCGAUUGUUUGUGGACACUUUGUCAAAGUAGCCUCGUCAACGGACGAAUCGCGUGUUGGCAUCACAGCACUCUCGGAGGCUGUCUCAUCACUGCUCCUAUCCGAAUCCCAAGGACUGUGCUUCAACCAGAUGCUCAUUGCUCCAUAUCAGGCGAUUGUUUGCUCCGACACUUGCUCUUCAGAGACAUCUGAACAAAUUGUCGCUGCACUCGCCGACUUGGUGAAGACCAAGUCCGAUAGGAUUGGAUCAGGUUGGAAGACGUUAUUCGGCACGCUGCGUGCUGUUCGUACUUCAGAAGUCGACGAUGCCAGCGUUCACUGGACGGUGCUCGACGUGAUAGGAGCUUAUCUACGUAUCGAUAAAUAUUCUGUGCUGUCAUGGUCUCUACCAGACUGUAUGCCAUGCAUAACCCACUUCUUGCAAGCUGCUCAUUCUUCUCAAGAGCCUGACGACAUGGAAGCGGUUGAACAGUCAAAAGGAGUCGAUGACCAGCUAAGUGAAGCCGCUCUUCGACUUGUCGUUCCCACCUACACGGUCAUCCGAAAUAUGGCGGACCUACGCAGCGGAUGCUUCGAUCAGGUUGAAAGUCCAGAAUCUUCCUCUUCACUGUUGUCGGCUUCUCUCGAUCCCACGCAGUUCCCUCUCGAAGAUGGCGACCCAUCGCCGAUACAACUGGAUGCGGGUCUUGAGGUGCCUCUUGGCGACCUGCCAUGGACAGAUCUGUUGCCAUCCGAGUUGGCCUCAUUGGAGCUGCUUCUUUCGUUCGUCGAACAUCUUGCUGGCACUCUCGUCACGGCUCCUGCAUGUCUCCAGUCCCCUCUGCUAUUCUCUAUUCAACAGCUGAUCAACACUAUCAAGGAUGGAGAAUUCGGUUCCAAAACAGCAUGUUUCUGUUUGUCGACUCUUCUUCUCCCACAUGUUCAAAAAUGGCUCCGGCGUAAAGACUCAGAAAAACCUGAGAGCGGUCGUAGCGACACAAACCUUCGGCAGGCUGUUGGAAUUUGCACUCAAAUCGUCGUGGACAUCCUCGCUCACCAACAAACAUCGUGGCACAGUCGACUUUUGAUGGACAUUUGCCGGAUAGCAAUCGAAUGCACAUUCCAAGGAGGUGAUCUUCCGCGAGUUGGUACGGCAUGCCUGAGGCAUGUUGCCGCUGUCGCUUCUCAUUUCACAAGCGAUCAGUGGACGAUAUUCGCCAAGUCUGUUUGGGAUGCAACGUCAGCGACAUUAACACCCAUCCGUCUUCUGCUAUCUCUUUAUGUUUGCAACUCUACGGAUGAAUCAGGCGAUCUCGGUACUGUAAUGGUGGACGGCACUGAGGGUUUGCCUCUCAAAAAGCAGAUGUUGGCACAACAGGUAUUCCUUGUCGAUUCGCAGCAGGGUAAGAACUCAAACAGCAUAUCGGGGGAGGAAUCCGACGGCGAUCUGGAACUCAUAAUAACCAUUGAUGGAGAGAAGCAAAGGAUGUCUGUCUCAUUCUUGAUAUCAACACUUUUGGCACAUCAGUUGAUCGUGCAAAUGAUCGGCUCCAUUCUGUGCCCUUGUGAACGACCACCAAAAGGUCUCGAGAAAAUCCUGACUUCUGGAGACUCCGCGAGACGUUCAUUUCUGGAAAUGCCGGACGACGUUGCUUUGGAUUUCGACUGCCGUCCAAGUCUUGCGGGCAUUUUGGGCCGUGCAAUAGGCAUUUCUGGGCCUAAUCUCUAUAAACAAUUGGUUUCUUCAGCACUCAUCAAGAUGCACUCUUUCUUUAUAAGUUCCAUCAACAAGAGUCAAGUAGAUCUCCGACGACUGUGCAAUUGCCAUAUCAGGAUGGUAGCGUUGCUACGAGCGGCAGAAGUGCGAAUCGCUGAAAAGAAAAUCGCGGCUGCUGCCAGGGAGCACAAGGAGGAGAAGUUCGAGUUCAUGUUGGUUGAGUCAGAUGGAGAGAAGCUCUACAAAAUAGUGUCGGAAUCGGAGAUUAACAACACUAUUUCAGAAUACCAAAAGCAACGUCCGAUGGGAUUACCGAAUAGGCCAGUCGGCGAACGACCGAAUCCAUUUAAAAAUGGAAUAGUGGAAGAGGAAAAGGAAGAUACAGAGCCGGAUCAUGACACGCUCCAACUUCUAGCGUAUCGCCAAAUAUGUCUAGUACCUAUCGAGACGAUUCUCUCCGCGGAAAAUGCCGGUGAUCUUCUACCUCAAGUGAUGGAUUCUGUGAAAAAGCUCAUCUUGGCCACGCCGGAUAUCACAAUUCGGCAUCUUGCUGUACAGAUUAUCGAGUUGAUUUCUUGUCAUUAA